ACUGAACGAUCACGUGCAUCAUCAACACCGGCUAUUGCUCGUCCACCGUUACCACCCCGUGGCUUUUCUACAACCAGUUCACAGGAGCCGUUGCAAUCAGGAAUCCCUCAAUCACCACCUUUGCCACCACUAUCAGCUUUAGUGCAAGGUCCUCCGAAGUUUCCUCCCCCAGUACCUCCGAGGCCUCCUCCGGUACCUCCAAGGCCAAGCGUGCCAUCUCGCACGCACCCCAAAGAAGAGCCUGCACAACAGGAGAAUGUUGAAUCCCAAGGGAAUCCUCUCUGGCAAAAAGUGAUGUUCUGGGAAAAUGCCUUUGUAGACGUCGUAGCUCAAGAACGAGAUAUCGUGGGAAUGGAUCAGGAGCCAUCUGAGAUGAUUGAGAGAUAUGCUGCGCUAAGCGACUCUGAAAAGAAAAGGCUGGAACUAGAAGAAGAUCGACUGCUAUCCACGUUACUGCACAACAUGACUGCGUAUAUGAUCAUGUGUGGAACAGGUCAAAAGGCAAUACAACAGAAAAUCCGUCGUUUGCUGGGAAAAGCGCACAUUGGGUUGGUAUGCUCUAAGGAAAUCAACAAACUUCUGGACAAGCUGCCUCAAACGCAAGGGAAUUCUAUUCCACUGAAGCCACUUGGAAGUCGCCUAGUGCAGAAACACUCAUUUGCGGUUCAUGGAGGGUCAAGUUCACAGGAUGAUAUAAUGUUCAUGGAAGUGCUUUGCUUAUGGCGGAGACAUGAAGACAAAGUCUACAUGCAUAAGUUCUACACAAAGAAGUGCCGCGAGCUAUACCAAUGCAUGAAGAAAGCUAUGGAACGUGCGGCCGCGCGCGGGCGGGUCUCAAUCGAAAGUCGUGCUCUUGGAGGCGAGUUUCCUGUUCAUGACACGGAAACGAAUCAAGGAGGACUUUUACAAGUUCGGUGUGACGGGGUUUCUCUAAUCUUCGCAAAUAGUCAGCAUUUCAUUGAUCUCGCAAAUAUCAAAAAAUGCAAUACAUUCGGUGGCAAUGUCUUUCUUCUGGAAGAAUUUGAUCGGAAGAAAAAUGAGCUCGUGCAGCGGCGGUACUACUCUCAAAUGGUAUAUUUGUUAUUUCAUGCAUUUUGUGGCAAAGUGAUGUGGUCUGUAUGCAUGCUGAUGUAA